CGCACCAAACAUCUUCCUGGUUGACGUGGAGAGGAUUGUUUAAUGGCAGAGAAUAAAGUCGAAAUGUCAACUGAAACCACUGUUCAAAAUAGUGGCAAUGCGCCUUCUCAGCAGAAUAACCCACUGUCUAGGAAACUCAAUAAAAUUCUGGAGACCAGGCUAGAUAAUGACAAGGAGAUGUUGGAGGCUCUGAAGGCUCUCUCGGUGUUCUUCACAGAGAACAGUCUUCGGACCCGUCGGAACCUGCGGGGGGACAUUGAGAGACGGAGCCUGAACAUCAACGAAGAGUUCGCCAGGAUAUUUAAAGAUGUCAAAGAGGAGCUUGAGAGCGUGCAGGAGGACGUCCAGGCCAUGAGCACCUGCUGUGGAGAGAUGACCAGUAGAUUGAAGGCAGCCAAGGAGCAGACCCAGGAUCUGAUAGUGAAGACCAACAAGCUGCAGGGAGAGAAUCAUCGUCUGGAGGUGCGGUCCCAGGUUGCUCAGGCCUUCCUGUCUAAGUUCCAGCUGUCCUCCGAAGAGACGGACACGCUGCGAGGGGCAAGAGACGCACCCGUCACUGAGGACUUCUUCAAGGCUCUGAGCAGAGUUAAGAACAUCCACGAAGACGUCAGGAUUCUCCUGAGGACCAACCAGCAGACUGCAGGACUGGAUAUCAUGGAGCAGAUGGCCGUGCUUCAGGAGACGUCUUACGAACAGCUCUACCGCUGGACACAGAAUGAGUGUCGUGGUCUGACCCAGGAGUCCUGUGACAUCAGUCCAGUGCUUAGUCAGGCUAUGGAGGCCUUGCAGGACCGCCCUGUUCUCUACAAGUACACUCUGGAUGAGUUUGGGACAGCUCGGAGGUGUGCGGUGGUGCGGGGGUUCAUUGAUGCCCUGACCAGAGGGGGUCCAGGGGGCACGCCUCGACCCAUAGAGAUGCACUCCCACGACCCUAUGAGGUAUGUAGGGGACAUGUUAGCCUGGCUGCACCAAACCACCGCCUCAGAGAAGGAGCAUCUGGAGGCCCUGCUGAAACAGGUCACAGCACUAGCACCAGGAGUGGAUGAGACCAUGCAAGAGGUGGUGGGACACAUCACUGAGGGGGUCUGCAGACCUCUUAAAGUGCGUCUAGAGCAGGUAAUCGUGGCUGAGCCGGGUGCUGUUCUCCUCUACAAGCUGUCCAACCUCCUCAAGUUCUACCAUCACACCAUCAGAUGCAUAUUGGGCACCAGUGUGGCCUCCUUGCUGAUGACCAUAGAAGAGAUGCACAUCCUGAGCAAGAAGAUGUUCUUCAACAGUCUCAGUCUCCAUGCCAACAGGCUCAUGGACAAGGUGGAGCUCCCUCCUCCAGACCUGGGUCCCACCUCUUCUCUGACCCAGACCCUGGCUCUCCUGAAGGAGGUGUUGGCCUCUCAUGACUCCUCUGUAGUUCCUCUGGACGCUCGCCAGGCUGACUUCGCCCAGGUGUUGUCUUGUAUCCUGGACCCCCUGCUCCAGCUGUGUACAGUGUCAGCCAGUAACCUCGGCACAGCAGACAUGGCAACGUACAUGGUGAACUCUCUAUAUGUGAUGAAGACCACCCUGGCUCUGUUUGAGUUCACUGACAAGAGGCUGGAAAUGCUGGAGUUCCAGAUUGAAGCUCACCUGGACACUCUGAUCAAUGAACAGGCUUCGUUCGUUCUGACCCGUGCUGGACUGAGCUACAUCUACAGCUGUGUACAGCAGCACAGCCCAGAACAGGGUCCUCUGUCUAACCUCCCCAGUAUGGACAGCUCCUCUCUGAAAGCAGCAAUGACCCAGUUUGAUCGUUACCUGUCCUCUCCUGAUACCAUGGUGAUGCCUCAACUCAACUUCCUCCUCAGUGCUGCCAUCAAGCCAAGAUGUCUGAUUCAGGUUAUGAUGAGUCAAGUCAGAAUUGGAGCAACAGGAAUCAGGCUCUGCCAGGACCAGGGCUGUGACUCAGAGACUGCUCCACUAGCCUCACUUCUCCUCCACUCCACUCAGGGGGUCAAACAGAAGUGAAAAGAGCAAAGUGGACCUCGGAGCGGAAAGGAACAGACAAGCUGUUCUUAACGGCAGGCCAUUUUCUCAUGUUGUUAUUGAGCUUUCUGCUGGCUGGAGAGGUGUGAAUAGGGGCUGUUUCCUGCCUCUCCUCUCAGCUCAGGUGCAUCUAAGUUGUACUCUGGCACUUAAUGCAUCAGUAGUGAGUUUUUAGAUGGAGAAUAACAUUGGUUUUGAACCCUAUUAUGUAAGCCAUACGUCCUGUGUAUAAUCUCUUUGAUUUAUAGUUUUAAUUGGUCAAAGGCUAACCAAAAUCUGUCCUUCAAAACCAACGUUAAGAUGAAGACGGACAGUCUAAUGUAAUCAUUACUGAUGGAGACAUUGUGUGUCUGUGUCUCAAAUGGUACCCUAUUCCCUAUAUAGCGAACUCAUUUUAAUCAGAGCUCUAUGGGCCCUGGUCAAAAGUAGUGCACACUAUAAAAGGAAUAGGGUACCAUUUGGGAGACAGCCCAUCACCUGUUGUUAUCGACAUGUCAAUCAAAGUGCAUUACAAAACGAAUACUUUUAGUUGCAAAAAUGAGCUACCCACUCCAGAUCAGUGACCCAGAGCAGGAGAGGGAAAAUAUGCUCUCACUCAGUUCAUUUUAAGGUAUAAUUGAUGGUUGUCGUGGAAACAACGUAUGAUUUUAGCUUGGUGUUUUCAUAUGUGGGAAAAAGCAGGCAACAAAAUGUGAGUCGGCAGAAACCAGCCAGUCUGCCUGCCUUUGGUGUCACGAUACAAGAGAAAACGUGGACUCCAUCCUGUCCUUUUUCUCAGGAGAGAGAGAGAAAGAAAGGGAGGGAGGGAAAGUGAGAUAUAAAAAGAGAGACAGCUAGAGAGAGUAAAAAGAGAGAGCGAAAAAUAGUAUUUUUGUUUUGACUACCUCUCUCCUUCCUGAGAGCCAUUCUCUCUCACAGUUCAUUGAUGUUCUAGCAGUCCAAGUCUGUGAGGAACAACGGUAGGCUACACUUUGGUCAAAAGGUGCUAAAGGAGAAUCAGCCUUAGUAAUGAUCACUAAUGACAAACCCAUGUAAUGAGAAAAAGUGAGGAAAAUUAGAAUGGGCUGCUUUAGUCAAAAGGCUAACGUCUUCACUAUCAACGU